GGAGGCUAGAAAUGCUUCGGAAAUGAUCGCGUCUGUAUUUUCUCCUGACGCGUUCGGCUGCUGGGGCUCGAGACAGAGACGGGGACAGAGACACACCGCUUCCGUAGCACUCAGAACAACCGCGUGGAUCAUAUAACUGACGCCAAAGUGACUUCAAAGCCGUGACCCCUUCCUUGUUUUUUUUUUUCUUCUUUUCUUAUAUUAAUUGGAGCAGCGAUGGCUUGAGGUCUCUCCAUCAUCAGGAAGCCUGACGCGCUCGCGAGAAUCUCUCCAGGACGCGCAGUUUCUCCCAAUGCACAGGUCACAGCUCGCACAGUUUGUGUUGUGAUCCAGAUCUAAAUGUCCUCCGCAUCCGGAACCAUGGCAGGGAAAGAGGAGCAGCUUUACGCCAAAGUGACUCCGCGCAGGCAGCGGCAGAGCCGCACAGGAACCCUGAAGCACGGCUCGUGCCUGGACGUGCUGCUCAGCAUGGGCUUCCCCAAGAGCCGCGCGCUGAAAGCAUUGGUUUCGACCGGUGGCAAAAAUGUUCAGGCGGCUUGUGACUGGUUAUUCUCUCAUGUUGACGACCCGUUCCUCGAUGAUCCCUUGCCAAGGGAGUUUGUGUUGUACCUACGCCCGAGCGGGCCGCUACUCCAUCAGCUCUCUCAGUUCUGGCAGCAGAGUCGCGUCAUGUGUGGCAAGAACAAAGCUCAUAACAUCUUCCCCCACAUCACGCUCUGCCAGUUCUUCAUGUGUACAGACGCUAAGGCCGAGGCACUGUGCGAGGCGCUGCCAACUGUCGUGGGACAGUGGCGUGGCCGAUUUCCCUCCCCGCUCCCCCUGGAGCUCUACAUCUCCUCCAACUUCAUUGGGCUCUUUGUUGAGGAGAAAGUAGCUGAGGUGCUGAAGAACUUUGCAGCGGAUUUUGCCUCUGAAGCUGCGGCCAAAGCAGAUGUUCAUGUGGAACCACAUAAGAAGCAGCUUCAUGUAACUCUGGCCUACCAUUUCCCAGCCAAUCACCUUGCCUCACUGGAAAAGCUGGCUAGGGGAGUGGACGUGUCUCUGGGCAGCGAUUGGAUCGCCGUUCUGUUCUCACGGGACAUCCGAUUCGCCAAUCAUGAGACAUUGCGGGUGAUGUAUCCAUACACUCCCCAAAAUGAGGAUGAACUAGAACUGGUGCCAGGAGAUUUCAUCUUCAUGUCUCCAGUGGAGCAGGGCAGUGCUAGUGAGGGAUGGGUUUACGGCACGUCUAUGGGCACGGGGCUUUCCGGCCUGCUACCCGAGAACUACGUCAACCGAGCAGACGAGUGUGACACAUGGGUGCUUCAUGGGUCCCAUUCUUUCCUCAACUGUACCUCUCCAACUGUAAGCAGUGGUGAUGGUGCAGUAGGCGGGCCUUUUUUUGAUGGACAGCUGGAUGGGCGUCUCCUUGAUGACCACAGCUCAGCAGAACACCACCCUAUGAGUGUCGUAUGUCAUCCAAUGCAGAUGAUGCGGACCAAUAGCCAGCCUCGACUGCCCAAGGGAACUCUGUUUGUCUGUCGCCAUGGUGAGAGGAUGGACGUGGUGUUUGGAAAACACUGGAUUACUCAGUGCUUUGAUGCCAAAGGUCGUUAUAUCCGAUCCAACCUCAACAUGCCGAGUAGUCUUCCAAUGCGGAGUGGAGGGUACAGGGAGUACGAUAAGGACUGUCCAAUCACUGUGUUUGGAGCCACGCAGGCUCGAUUAGUGGGAGAGGCCCUUUUUGAGAGUCACACAGUAAUCGACUUUGUGUACUGCUCGCCCUCCUUGCGAUGUGUGCAGACAGCCCAUAAUAUCCUCCGAGGGCUUCAGCAGGACGGAAAGACUAAAAUACGAGUUGAACCUGGACUAUUUGAGUGGACCAAAUGGGUAUCGGGUUCAACCUUACCUGCAUGGAUUCCACCUACUGAACUGGCAGCUGCUACCUUCAGUGUGGACACAACCUACAGACCUCAUAUUCCUAUCAGCAAGCUGACCGUGUCGGAGUCAUACGACACUUACAUCACCCGCAGUUUCCAAGUGACACGAGAAAUCCUAGCUGAGUGUAAAGCCCUGGGAAACACAGUGCUGAUAGUGGCCCACGCUUCGUCGUUAGAAGCAUGUACACGCCAGAUGCAGGGCCUCAGCCCACAGAACGCCAAAGACUUUGUGCAAGUGGUCCGAAAGAUCCCUUACUUGGGUUUCUGUGCCUGCGAGGAGAUGGGCGAGACAGGGAUUUGGCAACUGGUGGACCCGCCUAUACUUCCCUUGACCCAUGGGCCCAAUCACAGCUUCAACUGGAGGGAAACUCUGCUGCAGGACUGACAGCCUCUUUCGCUUGUCCUGCCUAUUAGCUCUCCUCGCCAAGGGCAGCUGAGAAUCACGCUGUCAUUCAUGCUCUUCUUCCACUCUGUGGUGCUCUUGCACCAUUAAAUCUUACACAGAGCAAACACAGGCUUCCAUGUGCUGCACUAUUCCAUUCUGAUCGUGUACGUCUCCGUGUGUUGCAUCAAUGAUGUCCGUGUCCAUAACUACGCUCAUAAAUGUAUGUCACGCCCUUAUUCAGGGGCACGCUUAUUGCUCGACUGCAAUGGAUCGGUGUAAAAGUUCAAGGCUGCUAUUAUCGCGCAAAGUAGCCGAUGACUUCUACGGGUUUCCCAUCUCAGCAAGAGUUUCACGCUAGCCGCAUUGAAAGUACAUCAACCGACGCUUCCAACAUGGCCGCACUCCUAAUCAGCCUUGCUCAGCCUUGUAGAAACUGAUGCAGCAAAAGGAACAUGGCCGCCGCCAAACACACUGUGAGAAAAGCAGACAUGUUCAGUGUUUUGCACCAAGCUUCCAGGCUACUUUUCAAUUAUCUUGUCAAUGGAAAUCAAGCACAAGAGAUGAAACUCAAGCAUGACAAUCAGAAAGGAGCAGAACAAUAGGAAAGAAGCUGACAUGUCUCAGACACACAGAGUUCACCUCAGGAUGAAGUUGGUAUAGGGCUUAUUUUAGUAGUUUGUCAAUGUUGCAUGCAGAAAUAUUAAUAAACCAGGCGUUCUUAAACUUCUGGCAGCCGGGGUCCUAUUUAACAGUAAAAUAAAUUUCCUGCCUCAUUCUGGGGGGGUCCUCUAUUCCUGAAGCAUCAACCUACAAAUCAUUUCUGGUUCCAGUUGAUGUUAUUAACAAGCUAACUUGUUUUUGAGUUAUUGACGUUUAGACUAAACACAUUUAAAUAAUUGGAAACAGGUUAAUAGCUACAAGAAUAUAUAUAAAAUCUAACUAUUAUUGAUCAUGCGUUUUGAUUUCUAUUGCUGUUAUA